AUGCCUCAAAUGACCAAGGAAGACUCCUCCAGGAUCCAAUCCACCCAAGUAAGCUCCCCCAUCUCAUCUCCUACCACUUUUCCAUGUAAAUUCACCCCACAUUCCAAAAUUGACCAUUUCUUCCCCCAGGCCAAAGGCGGCAACGACAUGACAUCCGGCGGCUUCGCAGCCCGCGCCCAAGGUGCUGCUGAUCGCAACACGAACGCCGCCGCCGCUGGCGGAAACAAUGUACAGAGCGGCGACAACAACAGCGGUGCUGGAACUGGAGGCUGCGAUAAGAAAUGA